UAAUUACUCGGAGAUGAACGCUUUAUCUUAAUUCUCCCAAGUCCAAACUGACGCAUACACAGCACACUUAGAUCCAAAACGCCUAUCUGCAAGUUAACCCCUCGUGUUGUCCUAUAUAAGCACGUCAAUUCCUCUACAACUUCACCAAAUCAACUGAGCUCACAGUCACAUAUGCAACAGAUGAGCAUGUCUCCUUCCGUCUGCCUCGCCAUCUUGUUACUUGCACUGGCCUCGCCGUCGCCGGCAUCAGCCAACAUCCCCAGCACUAGCAACAAUGGCGUCGCCGUCGUGACCCCUAGCGUGCCCACGGCGACCCAGUUCCUGCAGUCGCACAACGACGCGCGCCGCGAUGUCGGCGUGGCACCCCUGACGUGGAACUCGACGCUGGAGCAGGACGCCCAGCGGUACGCGGACCGGCUCAGCAUCGGCUGCAAGCUGGAGCCACUAGACAUCGAGCUGAUCUACCUGCAGAACACCUACAACGGCAGCGGUUACCAAGAUGGCGCCGCCGUCACCGCCUCGUGGGUGAACGGGCGGCGGUGGUACGACUACCGCGCUAACGCAUGCGCGCCCGGCCACGAAUGCGGGGCCUACAAGCUGGUGGUGUGCAGCAGCGCGCAAGAGCUCGGCUGCGCCCGCCGCACCUGCCGGAGCAGCCCGGACACCGUGGCUGUUUGCAGCUACUUCCCUGACUGCGACUACAACGACCGGCCAUACUGA